AUGAAGAUGGCGGCGGCGGGGUCCGCCAAAUCCGCUGGACUAGGGCAGAGAGGAAAAACAAGGCCAGACGCUCUCUCUACACCGCUGUCUCUGGAAGAAGCUCGGUGCCCGGUAUGCUCCGAAAUCCUGCUGGAGCCGGUAACGAUGCCAUGUGGACACUCUGUAUGCCUGCAUUGUUUCCAGCGGACGGUGAAGUUGAUCAGUCUCUGCUGUCCGCUGUGCCGGCUGCGAGUGUCCAGCUGGGCCCGUAAACAGUCCCGGGAGAAGAGCCUGGUGAACACCGAACUCUGGGACCUGGUCCGCCUCAGUCACCCGGAGAGGUGUAAGAGGAGAAUGGAGCAGCGAGCUGUUGAGACGGCGGAUGAUGAUAUUUUUCGAGCACCUGAACCAGUUCAUAAACCUGGAGAAAUGCGGCAAGAGUACGAAAAACAAAAAAUCAAGGGUGGAGUCAGUGAAGAAACUGAAGAGAGAAAGAAAAAAGUCCCCCUACACAGAAAGGAAGAAUGCGGGAUGCUAAAACAUUGUCAAUAUCCUUUCUGUGGAGUUUCAGACUCUGAGAAUGAAGAGCCCGUGGGAAAGAGGACCAGACAUGUUUCUGCAUUUGUGAGAAAAACUAAGUGCUCCCCUGCCUUCAAUAGAGGUUGCCUUCAUAGCAGUGCCGUUCAGAGGAGUAGGAGCUGUACGGACUCGGACGAUGGCAAAGGAAAGAGCAGAGGUCACCCACAUCAUACUGUACCUGAAAAGGCUUGCGUCACUUAUAGUUUCAACGCUGGAAUACUUCUGUCCUCUGAGAACAGUCGGUCUUUCUCUGCCCCGGUACUUAGCCUGGAUAAGAAGCACCACUGGCGGGGUCUACACGCCUCUUCUGCUUCACUCAUGCUUCAAACCAAAUCAGAGAGGUCCAUUAGCCCGGAAAGCAAUGAUAGCAUAUCAGAAGAACUCAACCAUUUCAAGCCUAUCGUUUGCUCGCCUUGCACCCCACCCAAACGACUGCCUGACGGGCGACUUUUGGAACCCACGAUUGUGAAGUCAACCCCUAGGAAUUUGAUGCGUAAUCUGCACAAGUCCACAAGCUACGAGGCCAGCCCUACCAUCUUGCAGAAGUGGAAGCAGAUCGAAGUUGACCGUCAGUGUAUCAAGGUGUUAUCCAAGGGUACCGUCACAAGUCCAAUUGCAGAGGAUCUUAGCCUUAAAUUAAGUCCUGUUAAAGAGCAGGAGAGCCGACCUUGCAGUUGUAUUAUAGCCGAGGAUAGCUUGCAGGAUCAUCAAUGCUCUUGUGUUGCAAGUGCAAAAAAGUCUAAAAAUCAGAAGGACAAACAUGUAGUUAGUAAUAAGCGACGGCUCAUUUUCGAUCAGUGUAUGAAAGAGGAAGGUACAUCGCCAGCUAGUGCUCUCAUUAGGUUAAAGACAAAAACUGUUGCAGAUACUUCAUCCCGAGAUGGGCACGGCAGAUGUGAAACACUUUGCGAAUACGGACUGUCAGAGAUGAAUGAAAAGAUGUUCGACAAGCGUGUCGGACGUCGCAAUAAAGACACUGUAGACCCCGAGAACCUCAUAAACGAGCCCGCUACCAGUUGUGUACUUAACAGACCUACCUCAAGACGGGGCAAAAAGAGAAGCCACAAAACCAAACAUUUGGAAGAGGCCGUACAGGCGAAAAUAUCCAGGAGGGAUACUUGCAAUCCCUUCGAUAGGUUUGAUGAUCCGAUCGUCCGAAGAAUGGAUCAGGAAAGGACUGACAGAGAACUAGCGCUAAAGCUACAAAGACAGUUUGACAGAGAAUGUCAAAAAGUGGACAGACACAAGACAAGUUAUGAACUACGAUCCUGGGCCACAAAAGAUGGAUUAGUCGGACGUAAUACACGAAGAUCAAGAAGAACCUCUAAAAGAACUGAGCACUUUAACUUGAGUUCUUAAAUGGACCUACGUUUAGGUAGUGAAGAGUCAAAGUUUUUCUUGUUUUGGCACUAAAGAGGUUUCCAAACAUCUGGUUAAGUAUUGCAAGUAAUGCAGGAUAAGUAUUUACC